GAUGUCAUCGGAAACAUUCCCGGUCAUGAAUGUGCUUCCGUACCGCGAGUAGGCACAUCCAAUUUUGCACCAAAUAUAUUGGCCUCGGCCACAGGUGGUUCAUACACUCAACGUACAACAAAUAACAAUUAUUCCUUGAGUGGACCACCGACAGAAGUGGACUAUAAUCCCCGAGAACUGGAAGCCUUUUCGGAGCUAUUUAAACAACGCCGCAUCAAGUUAGGCGUCACUCAGGCCGAUGUAGGUAAAGCACUGGGAAACCUGAAAAUUGCUGGUGUGGGUUCUCUAUCACAGUCUACUAUAUGUCGAUUUGAAUCACUCACUCUGUCUCACAAUAAUAUGGUUGCUCUGAAACCAGUUUUGCAAGCGUGGUUAGAAGAGGCGGAAGCCGAUGCUGCAGAGCGAUCACGACAUCCGGAAAUCUAUGAUCCAGAAGAAGAAAAGAGACGUAAACGUACCUCAAUAACUGACUCGGAGAAACGAUCGUUGGAGGCCUUUUUCAGUGUUCAGCCUCGUCCCUCAUCGGAAAAAAUAUCACAAAUCGCUGAAAAGUUAAAUUUGAGAAAAAAUGUUGUUCGUGUUUGGUUCUGUAACCAACGACAGAAGCAAAAGCGUAUGAAGUUCUCUACCCUGGGCUUAUUACAUCACGCCGCCAAUCGAAGCUAA